AUGGCUUUUUAUCCCGUUCAGAUUGCUGGGCUGGUUCUUGGAUUCUUUGGUAUGGUUGGGACCCUUGCCACCACCCUUCUGCCGCAGUGGAGAGUAUCAGCUUUCAUUGGCAGCAACAUUAUUGUCUUUGAGAGGCUCUGGGAAGGGCUCUGGAUGAAUUGCAUCCAACAAGCCAGGGUCACGCUGCAGUGCAAGUUCUAUAACUCCAUACUGUCUCUCCCGCCUGUCCUAGAAGCAGCUCGUGCACUCAUGUGUGUGGCUGUCGUUCUCUCCUUGAUUGCUCUACUGAUCGGCAUCUGCGGCAUGAAGCAGAUCCAGUGCACUGGCUCCAGCGAGAGGGUCAAAGCCUACCUUCUGGGAACUUCUGGAGUCCUCUUUAUCCUGACAGGCAUCUUCGUUCUGAUCCCUGUGAGCUGGACCGCCAAUAUCAUCAUCAGGGAUUUCUACAACCCAGCGGUCCACAUAGGUCAGAAGCGGGAAUUGGGAGGGGCCCUUUUCCUUGGCUGGGCGACUGCUGCUGUCCUCUUCAUUGGAGGGGGACUGCUCUGUGGAUUCUGCUACUGCAACAGAAAGAAGUAA